CUAAACUAAGAAAAACAACACACACAACACAAACAACACCAAAUUUUGCGGUUUCAAAUUACACAACAAUUUUCAUCCCCUAAAUUAAAAAUAAUCUAUAAUCUAUAUUCUUCAGGUGGUGCUGCUUUUCUAAUAAGCACCCUCUAAGAUUCAAAUUCACAUUCAAAUUAAUCACAAAUUCUAAUUUCAUUUCCAUUUUCAGUUUUUGUAUUGGUUUUUCAUCAAUGGCUUCCGAUGGUUUCACCGACAAGAACCUCGUGUUUAGAAAACUCAAGUUGAAGUCUGAAAAUAAGAUGUGUUUUGAUUGCAAUACGAAGAAUCCAACAUGGGCAUCAGUAACAUAUGGGAUCUUCCUCUGCAUUGAUUGUUCUGCUGUUCAUCGGAGUCUCGGUGUUCAUAUUAGUUUUGUGAGAUCUACAAACUUAGACUCAUGGACUCCUGAGCAACUAAAAAUAAUGAGUUUUGGAGGAAACAGUCGUGCACAGAUUUUCUUUAAGCAACAUGGUUGGACCGACGGUGGUAAAAUAGAAGCAAAGUAUACAUCCAGAGCUGCAGAGUUGUACAGGCAAAUUCUUACAAAGGAAGUAGCUAAAAGUAUGGCCUUGGAGAAAGGCUUGCCUUCGUCACCUGUUGCUUCACAGAGCUCGAAUGGAUUUCUUGAUGUCAGGACCAGUGAAGUACUGAAAGAAAACACGUUAGAUAAGGCAGAAAAGCUUGAGAGUACAUCUUCACCUAGAGCUUCACAUACAUCAGCAUCAAAUAAUUUGAAGAAGUCUAUUGGUGGUAAAAAGCCUGGGAAGAGUGGGGGACUUGGUGCCCGUAAGCUCAAUAAGAAGCCAAGUGAGUCUUUCUAUGAGCAAAAACCUGAAGAACCACCUGCUCCAGUUCCAUCCACGACAAACAACAAUGUGUCUGCCAGGCCAUCUAUGACUUCUCGUUUUGAGUAUGUAGAUAAUGUUCAGUCAUCUGAGUUGGAUUCUAGAGGUUCAAAUACAUUCAAUCACGUUUCUGUACCAAAGUCAUCAAACUUCUUUGCAGACUUUGGAAUGGAUAGUGGUUUCCCAAAGAAAUUUGGCUCAAACACCUCAAAAGUGCAAAUUGAGGAAUCUGAUGAAGCAAGAAAGAAGUUCUCAAAUGCUAAAUCUAUUUCGUCAUCUCAAUUUUUUGGAGACCAGAACAAAGCAAGAGAUGCUGAGACUCGAGCUACUUUGUCAAAGUUUUCAAGUUCAUCUGCCAUCUCCAGUGCGGAUUUUUUUGGUGACUCUGCAGAUUCCUCCAUUGAUCUUGCUGCUAGCGAUCUCAUUAAUCGAUUAUCUUUUCAGGCACAACAAGAUAUAUCUUCCCUUAAGAACAUUGCUGGAGAGACUGGGAAAAAACUCAGCUCCCUGGCCUCCUCCUUGAUGACCGAUCUUCAGGACCGAAUCCUCUAAAAUUGUAUGUUAUGAAUUUAAGAGAAUCCUUCAAAUUUUUUUACCAAUACCAGCUAAUUGUAUUUGUAAUGUAAUAGGAAAGUUUAAAAUACCAUUCUUUUGUAAAAAAAAUACCAUUUUUUUACCGUGGUCAUGAAUAGAGGGGAAAAAAAAUCCUCCCAUUUACUUUUUUAAACCAAUUUCCAUUUACUUAUGGUAUUAAACCUUUAGUUCUUAAUGCUCAGUGUAUAUAUUUUAUGGAACUAGCGAAUAAUUGUAAUGAAAUUAAGUUUGAUUUAUGCAAGCACACCUCUGAAGCAGAUAUUUUUAAUAAUUGAGUUUCAUAUAGCUUUGAUACCA